UAGAAUGGGGUUUAAUGACCUCCUAGAAAUUGUUGGGGGGCUAGGGAGAUUUCAGGUGAUCAACACUACUGUGCUUCUGAUCCCCAUGUUAUUUGUGGCCUCUCAUAACUUUCUCCAAAAUUUUUCUGCUGCAAUACCGACCCACCGCUGUUGGAUACCAGGGGUGGAUAAUUCGACAAUUACUUAUAACCAAAGUCAAUUGGCUGCCUUUAUACCACUGGAUGAGGAUCAAAAUGCCAAGAGCUGCAUGCGGUUCACAAAUUUGGAACCUUUUUCCUGGACAAACGGUACUUUCAAGAAGGACAAAGAAGUUUGUAAAGAUGGCUGGGUCUAUGAUAGGAGUGUCUUCUCUUCCACUAUCGUCACUGAGUGGGAUCUAGUCUGUAACCAUCGUAAAAUGAGGCAGAUCGCCCAAUCAAUUUACAUGGCCGGGGUGUUGGCUGGAGCUUUCGUGCUUGGGAGUUUGUCUGACAGGUUUGGACGUAAAUCCAUUUUGACCAGUUCGUGCCUGAUAAUGGCUGUAUCUGGCACAUGUGCAGCCUUUCUUCCCGGUUUUGUGACUUACUGUGUCUUCCGGUGCUUGAGCGGGAUGGCUUUCUCUGGAAUUGUUCUCAAUACCAUCUCUUUGAAUCUAGAAUGGACGGCACCCAAAGGACGAACUUUGGUUGGUACGCUGUUUGCUUAUGGUUUUACAUGCGGACAGCUGAUUUUGGCAGGAAUUGCAUAUGGGAUUCGAGACUGGCGAUGGCUUCAGUUUAGUGUUUCUGCACCAUACUACAUCUUCUUCUUAACUUCAUGGUGUGUUCCCGAAUCUGCCUGCUGGCUGAUCAUAAAUGGCCGUACCCAUCAGGCACUUAGAAAUCUGCAAAGAGUAGCUUGGAUUAAUGGAAAGAGAAAAGAGGGGGAAAAGCUUUCAGAGAAGGUUCUUAUUUCUCACAUGCAGUCUGAGUUAAAUAAUAUGAAGCAGGCGCAUUCACCUCUGGACUUAUUCCGCACCGCCGGGAUGCGCAAAAUCACAAUUUGUCUUAUGUUGGUCUGGUUUUCCACUAGUUUUGUAUUUUAUGGACUUGGCAUGGACUUGCAGAAUUUUGGUGUUGAUAUUUUCCUGCUGCAGUUUGUCUUUGGAUGCAUUGAUUUACCAUCUAAGCUGGCAGGUGCCAUCCUAAUGAGCUGCAUUGGGCGACGAGUGACGCAGGCUGCUUCUCUGAUGCUGGCUGCUGUCGCAGUGCUAUGUAAUGCUUUUAUACCUAAAGAGAUGAGGAUGGCGCAGUUGGUGUUCGCUGUUCUUGGCAAAGGUUCCGUGGCUUCAUCGUUUUGCUGUGCUUACAUAUACUCUAGUGAGCUGUUCCCUACUGUUAUCAGGUAA